CCCCCUCAGCGGUUAAGCGGCGGGAGGGGGGUGAGGAGGAGGAGGGGGGGAGCGGCGGCGGGAGCGCGCUUGGCGGCGCCGGGAGCGCGCGGGCAGCGGGGCCCCCAUGGAGCUGCUGCGGACAUGGCUGGGGCACCCCGAGGACAUUUACAACCUGCUGCGCUUCAAGAUGGGCGGCUACCGGGCCGUCAUGCCGCGCAUCGACCCGGACUCGCUGGGACUCGGCCUCCGCACCUGCUACCGCUACCUCAACCAGACCAGCCGCAGCUUCGCCGCCGUCAUCCAGGCCCUGGACGGAGAGCUGCGACAUGCCGUCUGUAUCUUCUACCUAGUUCUGCGUGCCCUGGACACCAUAGAGGAUGACAUGACCAUCAGCUUGGACGUAAAGGUCCCGAUGCUGCACGAGUUUCACUCCUAUCUCUAUCAACCGGACUGGAAGUACAUGGAGAGCAAGGAGAAGGACCGCCAGGUGCUGGAGGACUUCCCCACGAUCUCCAUGGAGUUCAGGAACCUGUCGAAAGUCUACCAGGAUGUGAUUUCAGACAUUUGUCACAAGAUGGGCGUCGGGAUGGCCGAGUUCUUGGAGAAGAAGGUGGAUUCUCAGCGUGAGUGGGAUAAGUACUGUCACUACGUAGCUGGGCUGGUGGGGAUAGGCCUUUCCCGUCUCUUCUCUGCAUCAGAGCUAGAAGAUCCGAUUGUCGGACAGGACACGGAGCUGGCAAACUCCAUGGGCCUCUUCCUGCAGAAAACCAACAUCAUCCGUGACUAUCUGGAGGACCAGCUGGAGGGAAGGGAGUUCUGGCCCAGAGAGGUUUGGAGCAGAUAUGCAAAAAAGCUCUCGGACCUUGCCAAACCAGAGAACAUAGAUAUGGCUGUCCAGUGUCUGAACGAGCUCAUCACCAACGCUCUCCACCACGUCCCUGAUGUCCUUACGUAUCUGUCCCGCCUGAAAAAUCAAAGCGUCUUCAACUUCUGUGCGAUCCCCCAGGUGAUGGCCAUCGCCACUCUGGCCGCCUGCUAUAACAACAAGCAGGUGUUCAGGGGUGUAGUGAAGAUCCGGAAGGGACAAGCCGUCACUCUGAUGAUGGAUGCCACAAACAUACAGGCUGUCAAAGCCAUCAUGUACCAGUAUGUGGAAGAGAUCUACCAGAAGAUCCCCAGCACGGACCCUUCGUCCAACAAGACGCAGCAGAUCAUCGCCUCCAUCCGCGCCAUGAGCCUGCCCGGCGGCCCCAUGGCCUCGCGCCACCACUACUCCCCCAUCUACCUGUCGUGCGCCAUGCUGCUGGCCGCCCUCAGCUGGCAGUACCUCAGCACCAUCUCCAAGGCCGCCGAAGAGUACGUCCAGGCGGGCGAGAACUGAAGGGCGGGCAGGCGGUGGGAGAGAAGAGAUGGUCGGCGGACGGGCAGCAGAGGCGGGAGGCUCCUUGCCCCUGCUGGUGGGGACAGCCGGGUGCCACCGGGCCCGCGGGCGGUGAUGAGGACGGGACGCCGGUGGCCUGGAGCCCCUGGGGGGACAGCACGGCGUCGCCAGGCUCCGCUCCUCACCUCUCUUGCUGCCUGCGUGGCUGGUUGCAAGCACCAAUCGGAGUCUUACUGUUUGGGGUUGAAUUUGGAUUUUGGUUUUUCCCUCCUUUCCUGUUGGACGGUUUACCUGAUUACUACCGAUUGGAUUUUUGUUUUUGUUUUUUUGGUUAGGAUGGUUGAAAUAGAAACUCCAGUUGCCUCUUUUCUUGCUUGACAUUUGAGACCCCUUUCCAGCUCAGAGCCGCGGGACGGGAGCCUUUUCUGGGUUUGGCCUCCCUUUCUUACACAGCCCCUUUUCCCCACGCGGAGGGCUCUGGCUUCAGCCAGGAGGCACUGCACUUAGCCAGCAGAAAGCUCUGGCCGUCUUCUGGCCACCAGCCCGGGCUGGUUGCCCUCCUGGCACCUGGAACCAGGGGCGAUCUUCACCUUUCUGUCGUUGUAUUUGAGGAGGCUGCUAGGCUUGAAACGAGCCCUUUCCUUGCUCAGUGUCGGAGGCGUGCUGCUCUGGCUGCUGGAACGUGCACCCUGCCCAAAGCCGGCUCUUGCAGCUCCUUCGUACAGGUGGCACUGUGCGUUGCAAAGCUUUGGGUUUUAGCAGCUGGGGAGGUGGUGAAAGGGAAUGGGAAGGAGUUGCCUUGAGCCCGAUGUGAGCACAGCCACCCACCUUUGCUGCAUGCUCUGGGCUCUGCACUUCUGUAGCCCACAGGGAGCCUGGGGUGGCCCAGGCGGGUUUUCCUGGCCCACUUGGCUGCAGCUCGGGGUGCUGCGAGUGAGUCUGACGUGCAAACUGGAAGAGCUUUCCACUGCUGCUUCGAAACCCAUCAGCCUGGACUUCAAGCAGGCUGCGUUCCCACAGGGAACGCCAGGGGUGGGAAGAGGAAACGACUUUCAAGUCCUGUUUUCCUGGAUUUUUGCUUUCAGUCACCCUAAUCCCUCACUGCUGCUUGGCUGUGUGAUGGGGGGGGGACAGCCUGGGGCAGGACAGGGCAAAGCCUACCCCUACCAGGGGCGUUUGGUGGCCUUUGCAAGGCCAAGCCUGUGUGGCCAGACUGUUACUUGGAGGAAGCAGCCCUACUCCACGAGUACCUAUGUAGAUAGUUUUAAGCUGUUGUUCAAAAACCUUGCGGUAGCUCCCUUUGUGCAGCUUCCUGUUGUUGACAUUAAAGUUUUCCUUGGAAAAAAAAAAAAAAAGGGUGUUUGAGAAUUUCUUCCGCCGUUAUUUCUCUUAUUGUGCUAGUUCCCCACUGUUGCACAAGUUACAUGAAGUGCAGAUGCUUCCUUGCAGGGCAUCACAGUAAUGCCCUAUAGGUUGGGCCUGAAAAGUGAAUUGUAACCCGGGGGGAGACAGCUAACGCUCAGUACGUUGACUUUUAUACCGGUCCCUGUUGGGAAGAGGAGGAGUGGGGAAGCUGUGCCUACACUGGGGACCUUCUCUGCUCUUCUGGGAUGGAGCUGGAGCCAGGCAGGAGGUAAGUUAGAGCCUUAGAGCAUGUUGCAGGCUGGGAGACUACAGGCAGCCCUUCUGGGGGCUCUGCUGCUCUCUAGAAACCUUUCAAGGUCAAGACCAGUCUAUUCUACAGCUGCUGCUUGCUCAUCUCUUGAGCUCCAGCCUUGCUAUACCCUAUCCAGCUAGCUGUAUCCCGCCUCUCAUUUUACUCCAUACUCUCGUAGCAGUGCCAGCUUUGUAGCCCUGGGCUUGGUCUGGAGGUUUCCUUGCCUAAAAGCCUGCAGCAGAAGGCCCGAGGGGCUGAAUGCAGUGUGUUCAGCAGGGGUCGGGGCACAGCACCCUUGGGCUGCUGCCGUGCUUUCCAGUGCCCGGCUACAUCCCUGUUUCCCCAGCCCUGCACCCCUGGCUUCCCUCUGGUCCCCGGUGGAGCAUCCUCUGUGCCACCAGGACUUGGCACUGCUCGGGGGCCAGCGCAGGUCCCAGGCAGCGGCUGCAGCCCCGCUGCCACCAGCAUGGCCAGAGGAUGGGGCAGGGACAGCUUGCACUGGCACAAAAGGGCCUCACCCGGCUUCCACAACAGCAAAGCAACAGCAGAAGAGUUGAGGAUGGUUUUAGCUCCUGAAGGAGAAGUCAACAAGGGGCAGGAGACGAGACGUUGGAGAAAUCGUUUAUUGGCACGGUUGUUUCAUUCACACACACCAAAGCUCUGUCUCACUGGUUCAGUAGGCAGAGGUGAGGGGCUAUUUUACAGUACAAGGGAGAGCCUGCUUCACUUAUUUCAGCCCUGUAGCAUUAGCUCAGCAAUAUACUUUGUGCUUUAAAAGAAAAUCAAAAGCUCUUUCACUAUAUUAGUGUUGGCAAAUCGCAUGAUUCCUCCUACACUGCUAUUACACUUCCCCCAAUAACAAAAAUAAGAUUACUUUUACUUCCUUGCCACCUGUGGCUCAGAGAAAGCUUCAGUUGCGUGCAAGUUCGCCAGAUACCUCCAAGCAUCUGCAUGAGCUCCCUGUGGCAGACCUGGAGAACAUCAUCUGCAGUCCCAAAGUACUACACCAGCUCGCAACACGCAGCAGCACCCUUGCCAAGGCAUGGCCCGAGCUGCGUAGCCCUGGCCAAAAGCAGUUUGCCCUUCCCAGCGUGCUCCUGAAUGCUGCAGGACAUUCGAUCAAAGCUCAUGGAGCUCCAGACAGGCCCUUCCCUAGGAUCAAUAACCCCACAUUACAGCAGAAAAAGAAAAA